AUGCCGCAUACAGGUCAAGCGGGAGUUAAUCAAUUGGGUGGUGUCUUUGUUAACGGGAGACCAUUGCCCGACUGCGUUCGACAGAGAAUCGUGCAACUUGCUUUGGUCGGCGUGAGACCUUGCGAUAUCUCGCGACAGCUUCUGGUUUCCCACGGAUGCGUAUCGAAGAUCCUUACGAGAUUUUACGAAACAGGGAGCAUUCGACCAGGAAGCAUCGGUGGAAGUAAAACAAAGCAAGUGGCCACGCCCACGGUUGUCAAGAAAAUCCUACGAAUGAAACAAGAACAACCGACGAUGUUCGCCUGGGAGAUUCGUGAGCAACUCGCCCGGCAAGGAGCCUGCGAUCCACAAAGUUUACCCUCUGUCUCUUCUGUAAAUCGGAUUCUGCGAGGCGGAGGUCUUCACACCGAUCACGCAGGGAUCGAAAGCGGAUCAUCGAGCACGUACACUUCGCAAGUUUCGUCAAACGUCGCUAACAGAGAAGCUCUGAUGAGAACGGAUUAUCAACUAUUUUACCCGGGAGCUCUUGGACCACUACAUAUUUCCACAACUUCCGGUAACACUAGCGCGCCAUCGUGGAACCCAAGCUUCUACUCGUCCCUCUAUCAAGCGACAACGCUUCACUUGCAUCACGGAAUGCAAUCAUUCUCAUCGUUGGACGUCGAGCGUCUGUCAGAACAGAACGGGUCGACGAAUCAGGUCGAGCUGAAGUCCAGCUCGAGUUCGAUGGCAGGAAGCGACGAUUCCCUGGACAAAAGCGACCUGGACGAGAACACGGAGUCCCAGGACCACUACAAGCCUUUCCAGAAUUCCCCGAUAAUACUGGAGCUCGGUCAGAAGAUUGGCAGCGACCGUAGCGCUUUCGUCAGACACAGUACAUCGGGAUCGUCUGGGAGUCCAGAGAAUCGGCAGAGUCCCCCGCCAAUCAGCAAUGAGAAACAGAAAACCGGGUCACCGCGAAUCCUGGGGACAGGACACGAACAGUGCGCGACGGCCAAAGAGACGGCGAUCGAGGGAAGGCCGAUGCAACCUCAGAGAAAGAAGAACCCCUACUCGAUAGAGGAGCUCCUGAAGAAGGACGAGAGCAAAACCACCUCGAAGAGGCCGAACGUCGGUGUGGUGCAACCCUGCGGAAUCGUCCUCAACAAAGAGAUCUGA